ACGGUCCUGACCCUCUAGGGGUUUUUUUCUUCACCUCUUUCUGCGCUGGGUACAAUGCCUCUGGCCCGCAGCCUUUCGGUGACCUCCCUGACAGGGUUAGAGGACUGGGAUGAUGAACUUGACCUGGAGAACUCCAUCCUCUUUGAGGUGGCCUGGGAAGUGGCCAAUAAAGUUGGUGGGAUCUACACAGUUAUCCAGACCAAAGCCAAAAUCACCUUGGACGAGUGGGGUGAGAAUUACUUCCUGAUCGGGCCUUACUUGGAACAGAAUGUCCGCACUCAAGUGGAGCUAAUAGAGCCACCUAACCCUGCCAUCCGCCGGACCAUUGACUCCAUGAAUGCUAAAGGAUGCAAAGUUUACUUUGGUCGUUGGCUGAUUGAGGGUGGCCCCUAUGUGAUCCUUAUAGAUAUUGGGGCAACAGCCUGGAGCCUCGAUCGUUGGAAGACGGAGCUGUGGGAAAGCUGCUCCAUUGGGAUUCCCUGGUACGACCGAGAAGCCAAUGAUGCAGUACUCUUUGGCUUCCUCACAGCAUGGUUUCUAGGAGAGUUUGCUGCACAAUGUGAAGAGAAACCCUUCAUCAUUGGUCAUUUCCAUGAGUGGCUGGCUGGGGUUGGUCUCAUCCUUUGCCGAACCCGGAAACUUCCAGUGGCUACCGUCUUUACCACCCAUGCUACCUUGCUAGGUCGCUACCUGUGUGCAGGCAGUGUGGACUUUUACAACAACCUACAGACUUUUAAUUUAGACAAGGAAGCUGGGGACCGACAGAUUUACCACCGUUAUUGUAUGGAGCGAUCUGCAGUCCACUGUGCCCACGUUUUCACGACCGUCUCUCAAAUCACAGCUGUGGAGGCUGAGCAUUUAUUAAAACGGAAACCUGAUAUCGUGACUCCCAAUGGUUUGAAUGUCAAGAAGUUCUCAGCCAUGCAUGAAUUCCAGAACCUCCAUGCACAGAGUAAGGCUCGCAUCCAGGAGUUUGUCCGGGGACACUUCUAUGGGCACCUGGACUUCAACCUUGACAAGACCAUCUUCUUUUUCAUCGCUGGACGCUAUGAAUAUUCCAAUAAAGGGGCUGACAUUUUCUUGGAAGCUCUGGCCCGGCUGAACUACUUGCUCAGGGUGAACGGCAGCCAGACAACAGUGGUAGCUUUUUUCAUCAUGCCAGCCCGGACCAAUAACUUCAACGUGGAGACUCUGAAAGGGCAAGCAGUCCGCAAGCAGCUCUGGGACACAGCCAAUGCAGUGAAGGAGAAGUUUGGCAAGAAACUCUAUGAAUCACUCCUUGUGGGGAAUCUUCCAGACAUGAACAAAAUGCUGGACAAGGAAGACUUCACCAUGAUGAAGAGAGCCAUUUUUGCCACCCAGCGCCAGUCUUUCCCCCCGGUCUGCACUCAUAACAUGCUGGAUGACUCCACUGACCCCAUCCUCAACACCAUCCGGCGCAUCGGUCUCUUUAACAGCAGCACAGACCGUGUGAAGGUCAUCUUCCAUCCUGAAUUCUUGUCUUCCACCAGCCCCCUUCUUCCUGUUGACUAUGAGGAGUUUGUUAGAGGCUGCCACCUGGGGGUGUUUCCUUCGUAUUAUGAGCCAUGGGGCUACACACCGGCCGAAUGCACCGUUAUGGGCAUUCCCAGCAUCUCCACCAACCUCUCUGGCUUUGGCUGCUUCAUGGAGGAACACAUAGCAGACCCAUCAGCUUACGGUAUCUACAUUGUGGACCGGCGUUUCCGGGCCUUGGAUGAAUCAUGCACACAGCUGACCUCGUUUCUCUACAGCUUCUGUCAACAGACCCGGCGGCAGCGCAUCAUCCAACGAAACCGCACUGAGCGGCUCUCUGACCUCCUAGACUGGAAAUAUCUGGGCAGGUAUUACAUGUAUGCCCGGCAUAUGGCGCUGGCAAAGGCAUUCCCUGACAACUUUACCUAUGAGCCACAUGAACCAACAGCUGCCCAGGGUUUCCGCUACCCUCGCCCAGCCUCGGUGCCACCAUCGCCUUCCAUCUCCCGCCACUCUAGCCCACACCACAGUGAGACUGAAGAUGACGACGAACGGUACGACGAAGAUGAAGAAGCGGAGAAGGACAAGCAGAACAUCAAGUCCACGGCACUGAUGGGCGCCGUCCCCGAGUGGCGGAAGCGCUCAAAGAAGGGCUCCAGUGAAGCCAACACCUCCUCCAACGCCAGCACCUCCUCCAACGCCAGCACCCCAACCCUUCCCAGCAGCCCCAGCGACCUCAGCAGCCCCACCAACUCUUUCAUCGAGGAGAAGAAUUAGCCCUUUCUAGCUACGCCAACACAACCUCCCAUGGCUGCCCCUCUGCCAUGCGCAUCACCCCACCCUUGAUAGGUCAGCUGCUCUCUGGUGCUGGAUUCUGGAAUGGUUCUAGAAUGUAGGUUGUAGCAUGUUCCAGAGCCAAGGCGGGGAUUGGCGUUGUCAUUUUCCCAUGUUGGUCUAUAAAGCUGUCUGUUCUGGAUCAGGUUGUGGGGGAGGAUUAGACAUACCCACACUUCAGCAUAGGAAGGGAAGUUGCCCUUUGCUUGCUUUGCUUUGUGAAGCUCUAUCUGAAAUGUGAGGUGGCACAUUCUGGAUUCCUGUGUAUUGCUCAUCUUAUUUGGAAGAAGCCAUUUAGAACCCUGCGAUGUAGAAAUGUGGAAGGAAAAGGAAUCAGGGAAGUCUUCUGUGGGAGUGAUAUUCAAGGGUAGCUUAUGCUUAUGAUGGGACAGAAUAUUUUGUAACGUCCAGGCUUUUAGGAAUGCUUAGGAACAGGGCUGUUCUCUGAUAUCACAAGAGAUUACAAAUGCUUUAUAAACUGUCCUUUUAUAGUGCUAAAUUGCUGAUCACGCUGCUUGAGAUCUUCACAGCUGUCCCUACCGCCACGCUUUGAUAUCCUAGAAAACUUUUGGUGUUGUGAGAGGCUAGUCGCACUUCUUAACGCCAUCAGUCUGCCCCGUUCUAGAACAGUGUGCAUGAGGAAGAGAAGACUGAAGCUUGUCCUGUACAGAUUUGUCUCAGACAGACUGGGGAGUCUUGCUUCUUGACUGUGUUGGCCAUUUUUAAAAGUUUGAGACCACUGGGAGAAGUGGAGGUCCUAUAGUGUGAGUGGCAAGGGUUUUACAGGUGUGAAUGUCUCAUGGAUACAGCUAAGAGAGUCAUCUUUAAAAGGAGGCGUCCUGUUUGCUAUUGAACUUUCCUGAUUGGAAGUGUAAGAAGUGUUUUCUUGACAGCAAGGGUUAGCUUCAAACCUUCUGGAAUGGUGCUGGAGGCUUGGAAUGUAGGGAAAGACCUCUAAGUGAUCAUCGGCUUAAAUCUACAUGUGUGGAGUUCUGAGGAGGAAAAAACGGAGAACUUGCAGGGGCUGUCUUGCAGUAUAAACUGCUGUGCCUGUGUGGACUGGGGUGGGGGUAGAAGAACCAACCAGAGUUGUUUUCAAAUGUUAAGGGAUGGAUUUUACCGCAGCCAUACUGACAACCUGAGCCUAUAGACUAGGCACUCCAGAACCUGCUACUGUUGCUCUCCUUGCAAGGUGAUUGAUGCUGUAUAGUGUUCAACAAGGGAGGGGAGACCAGUGAUCUGGCAAACCCCAACCAUAUAAGCCAGAGGAGUCAAGUGGCUGCAAGAAACAGGGAUUCAUUCCAUAGGUGAUUCUAGAAUGUUGAGGGCUCCCUGGAAUGCCUCCUUGACUCAUCUUGCAGGGCAGGGGUUUCUGAAUGGCCAUUUCCCCAGAGAGCAGCCACACACCACUGCAACAGUGGCCCUUAAAAAUAUGCAGAGACUCAAAGCCAAUUCUCGGCUUCUGAAAGUGUAGACCAAAUGCUUGUACGGUGAAUGACUGUUUUUAUGAACGUGUUUCCUAAAUAAAUGGGGAGGAAGGGCUUUCCCUGCUAGGACUGGGGCUGCCUUGGACAACCAGCCAGAACACAACAUUCAAGAUGACUCUUCUUGCCCACUGUGGUGGGGCUGUAGAAAGAUUGCUGUGGGGUUUAGCAGGCAGGAUGCUAGGCUGCGCAAAGGAGGCAGGGAGAACCUGGGAAGGUUGGAAGAUUUGUGUUCAGCACAAGAGAGGACUGCUUCUAGCAUGGGGCCCCAAAUCUGCUGCCAAGUUUGGUACCAAGGAAACUCCAUCCCCUGCCCCCUUGGCCUGGCCUAUCUGCUGAUUAUGUUGCUUGCUCUUUGGGCUGGCUAAACAUCCGUGCUUGAUUUAUGAAUCACAUAUCUCAUCCUGCCCCAUUUCUUGUACCUCCUCAUUUUGUUAAGGGAUCGCCUCGCUUACGGUUGUGUUUGUCACUACCCUUGUUUUUGUUGUUCCUUCUCCCCUCCCCCCCCCAGAAUUCUUUUUAAAAGUGCUUUUGAUUUUUGUCUUCCAUCCUCUCCCCACCCAAGCUACUGUGUGGGGAAAAAAUCAAAUGAACAAAAAAGCUGCUUGUGAGACAAAUCUCAAAUUAUUUAAGAAUAAAUUUUGCUUUGGAAAA